AUGUGGUCGGAAUUUUUCGCCUCAAUUCCAGAGGUUCUUCAGCCCACGGCUUCUUUGGUGAAAAGCACUGUUCUUGCUUCCAAAGCAGAUGGUACUGUUCGUUUUCAAGGAUGGAAAUGUUGGCUUCCUCCAAUCACGUCUGCCAUUUUCCACCUAAUCCGUUCCAGGUCGCAGUCUACUUGCAGUGUCUGCUUAAUGAAGCUUAUUCUCCUUCUUCAGUUCUUAACACGGUCUACAGCAUUGACUGGGCGCUACAGUUGGCUGGCUUAUCAAAAAUCUCCAGUCAUCCCCUGGUUGCUUCAAUGGUCAGUGCGUCUCAAAGGAUUUUGGGCAGGCCAAAGGUCAAAAAGGACCCUAUAACUCCUGAGAUAUUGAAAGCGCUCGUGGAAUCGAAGAUAACAGAUAAGUCUCCCUCUGUUUGUAAUCUUAGAUCUUUUGCCUUAUGCCUUAUUGGUUACGCGGGAUUUUUUCGCUUUAGCGAGUUAUGUCAUAUAAAAGCCUGUGAUGUUAAGUUUUUCCCAUCUUAUGUGUCCAUUUUCCUAGAAUCUUGGAAGUGUGACCAGUUCCGAGACGGGGCGUGGAUCGUUAUCGCGAGGACAGACUUGCCAACUUGUCUAGUCAAGGCCUUGGAGGACUACAUCUCGGCGGCUCAAAUCAAUCUCUCCGAGGAUUUAUCGCUGUUCAGAGCCCUUGCUACUCCUCGGUCAAAAGUACGAAGCCAAGGGAUUAGCUAUACAAGAGCGAGAGAACUCAUUAAGGACGCCUUUAGAGAUAUAAAGGACGUUUCGAAGAUUAGUGUUCAUAGCCUUAGGGCUGGAGGAGCCACCUCUGCGGCUAAUGCCAGUAUCGCUGAUGGACUUUUCAAGCGACAUGGCCGUUAG